CUAAAUUUAAUGCAUAAAAUGAUGUUUUAGCUCAUUAAUUGCGAUAGAGUAUGCAUCCAUCACUCUCUGACACUCAGGCUGACAUCCGAUAUCAACUCUGCGCAGCGCAUUGUUUUGAUGUCUGUGUUUCUUACAGGCACAUUUACUGAAUCCGCGACUGUCCCUUUGCAUCUUCCCGAAGCCUUAUAAAACCUCUGCAGAAUCGGAGACGACGUCGUACAGUUCCACCACCUUUGCCAAGAUUCUUCACUGCAAGCAAGGCUCUUCGACUAAAUAUCAUAAUGGGAAGCUCGCAAAGCACCUCUGAGUUCUCUUACACCGGCACCAUUCACGACUACCAUCCAGACAACGAUAAACGAUCUGUGUUUGACUGGCCCGGUGACAACAAUGACUGCACCUCAAGGACCGGUAUUCGCUUCGACAUCUUAUGGGGCGUCACGGUUCUGCUCCUAGUUCUCGUUGUUCUGCGGCAAUGGCAUCGUGACAGGAGGACAUACAAAGGCAUAGAACAGGAGCAUCGUCCAGCAACAGACGAUUUGGAGAGUCAAAAGAAUAUCGCCAACAAUGCGCGUUGAUAAUAUCCCUCCAAGCGUGGCUCCCUUCUGCUUUUCCCCGUAGUUUUUUUUUUUAGUUUUAGUCUGA